CAAAGCAUCACCACUUUUUCUGAGAAGAAAUGUUCCCUAAUCUCCAGCCUGAACAUCCUUUUGUUUUUCUCAAGAUAUGAAAUCAUGAAUUUUAAGAAAAUGGGGAAGGACUACUUUGACUAUAUCAAUGUUGGCAGCUGGGACAACGGUGAGCUGAAAAUGGAUGAUGAUGAAAUAUGGUCAGAGAAAAAUAAUAUCAUCAGAUCUGUCUGCAGUGAACCCUGUGAAAAAGGACAGAUAAAGGUGAUUCGUAAAGGAGAAGUGAGUUGCUGCUGGACAUGCACUCCUUGUAAAGAGAAUGAGUAUGUCUUUGAUGAAUACACGUGCAAGGCCUGCCAGCUCGGCUCCUGGCCCAAUGAUGAGCUUACAGGUUGUGACCUCAUCCCAGUCCAGUAUCUCAGAUGGGGUGAUCCUGAACCAAUUGCAGCAGUUGUUUUUGCGUGCCUGGGUCUGCUGGCAACCUUGUUUGUUACGGCUAUAUUCAUAAUGUAUCGUGACACUCCAGUGGUCAAAUCUUCCAGCCGAGAACUUUGCUACAUCAUUCUAGCUGGCAUCUGCUUGGGUUACUUGUGCACUUUCUGUCUCAUCGCAAAACCUCAACAGAUUUACUGCUAUCUUCAACGAAUUGGCAUCGGUCUCUCCCCAGCUAUGAGUUAUUCUGCUUUAGUAACUAAAACCAACCGCAUUGCAAGAAUCCUGGCUGGCAGCAAGAAGAAAAUUUGUACAAAGAAACCUAGAUUCAUGAGUGCCUGUGCCCAACUUGUUAUUGCAUUUAUCUUGAUAUGUAUACAAUUAGGCAUAAUUGUUGCCCUCUUUAUAAUGGAGCCACCUGAUAUAAUGCAUGAUUACCCAAGCAUCCGAGAGGUCUACUUGAUUUGUAACACCACCAACUUGGGUGUUGUAACCCCCCUUGGAUACAAUGGAUUAUUAAUUUUGAGUUGCACCUUUUAUGCAUUUAAGACAAGAAAUGUCCCAGCUAAUUUCAAUGAAGCGAAGUAUAUUGCCUUUACAAUGUAUACCACCUGCAUCAUUUGGCUGGCUUUUGUGCCAAUAUAUUUUGGAAGCAACUACAAGAUAAUCACCAUGUGUUUCUCAGUGAGUCUGAGUGCCACGGUGGCCCUUGGUUGUAUGUUUGUGCCCAAGGUCUACAUCAUCCUUGCUAAACCUGAAAGGAAUGUACGCAGCGCAUUCACCACGUCAACUGUGGUCCGCAUGCACGUAGGGGACGGAAAGUCAUCUUCGGCUGCAAGCCGUUCAAGCAGCCUGGUGAACCUGUGGAAAAGAAGGGGAUCAUCUGGUGAAACGCUUAGGUACAAAGGCAGGAGACUGGCCCCGCACAAGUCGGAAAUAGAGUGUUUCACCCCAAAAGGGAGUAUGGGGAAUGGUGGGAGAGCUACAAUGACCAGGUAAGCCAACAGCAAGUGGCCUUAGGUCCAGUGUGAUAUGUCUGUGAACAAGGGGAGCAGCCCUGGGACAAUGCCAGCCCAGAUCCUCUCUGUAAUUC